AUGGCUUUAGUAUUUAGAACUGCAGCACAGUUUGCUGGAAUUUCACUAUCUUUACUGGGAUGGAUUUUAUCCUGUCUUACGAACUACCUGCCACUCUGGAAGAACCUCAACCUGGACUUAAAUGAGAUGGAACACUGGACCCUGGGACUCUGGCAGACUUGUGUCGUCCAGGAGGAAGUGGGCACGCAGUGCAAGGGCUUCGACUCUUUCCUGGCUUUGCCUGCUGAACUCCGGAUCGCCAGGAUUUUCAUGUUUCUGUGCAACGGGCUGGGGUUCCUGGGCCUGCUGGUCUCGGGGUCUGGCCUGGACUGCUUGAGAAUCGGAGAGAGCCAGCAAGAGCUCAAGAAGCGCCUGCUCGUCCUGGGGGGAAUCCUGUCCUGGACGUCAGGCAUCACAGCCCUGGUGCCGGUCUCGUGGGUGGCCCACGUGACGGUCCAGGAGUUCUGGGACGAGACCCUUCCGGAGAUUGUGCCCCGGUGGGAGUUUGGGGAGGCCCUGUUCCUGGGCUGGGGUGCUGGCUUCUCCCUCCUCGUGGGAGGGUGUCUGCUUCACUGUGCAGCCUGCUCCGCCCGGGCUCCGCUCGCUGCCGGCCACUACGCGGUGGCAGACUUGCAAGCUCUUCGUCAACAACUGCCCAUGAAAAACUCCAACCUGAAAGUCUAAGCCAGAAGGCAUCAGCGCUCUCCAGGCUUCAGGAGAUGGCUCAGCUCUGGAUUUGGUAGGACUUCCUGCUCCACAGCCACCAUUCACUAUGCUCCUGCUUUUCCAAAAUGCAAGCCCCCCUCCCCCUGGGGAUUUACCUUCUUAAACUAGAAUUUCUUUCUACGACUGGUAAAGCACUUUUACCUUCUUCUCAAAGACGGAAACCAAUCAAGACUUAAUACAAUCACAAUCCUUACUGUGAGUGAGUUUUCUCAGUUUUAAAACAGGCACAGUGACUGCACAGAGCUGGUAAAUAAAACAUUGUAUCAAAUGCGUAUGUAUCUUUGAAGGUAUUAUUUAUAUGGAGGGGAAUUAUUUUGGCAAUUGGAAAUGCCACUGCUAACCACUGGUUUCUUUCAGGUGUUUGAAAUAACCUAUUAGACAUAAGCUAAGGUCUCAUCGCAUAUUUAAAAUGCAUGAUAUCUGAUUGUACAUAAAAAAACAAAAAGCCUGCUGGUUCUUUAAAAACUUUGGAAGUGAGAGACGUGGGAGACACCAUUUCCUUUCCUCAGUGCCUCUAUGGAGGCUUUCCAAAAGCCAGCCCCACUCAUUCACGCCUUCAAGCACAGGAGGGCAACCUUGCAUUUUGGAAGAUUCACUUAGAAUCUAACCCCUCCUCCCUGCUCUGUGCCUGAUGGCCAACACUGCCACCGGCCCCUGGCUCUGAGCCGCGGUUGGGACCGGUGGGUGUGCAUGGGCACAGGGCUUCCUGGGAGUGCUGCCAGCUCAGCAGUCCCCCGACUGAGCGCACGUUCCAGAGCCCUUUGUCUGAUUUGCAGAACAGACGUAUUUCAUAGUCUAAACGGGAACUAUUCGCAGCAAACUGCUGGGCUGGGGAAGUUCAUGAAAGAUUUUAUAUGUGCUUGGUCCAUGGUUUAAGUAAACUCUGAUGCUUGUGCCAAUUAGGGAAAUUAAGUGAACAAUAAACAACAGCAAAAUAAAGUAUUAUGCAGAUGUAUCUUUGUUAAGAAACAGAAAAACCACUGAUUUUUUUUCCACCCA